AUGGCUCCUGUUGCUCUUCUUCUUGUGGAUAUUCAAAACGACUUUAUGGAAAAGGGUUCCCUGGCUGUACCCAACGCGAGUCAAAUUAUGCCAGCAGUGCUCAGGCUUAUCAACGACACCAAGGAUCGCAUUGUUGUUGCCUCCAAGGAUUGGCAUCCAUCCAACCAUAUCAGCUUUGCAUCUAAUCAUGCGGAUAAGCAACCAUUUGAGCAAAUCAAAUUCGAGUAUCGUGGACGUGAGUCGCAGCAAAUCCUUUGGCCUACACACUGCGUGCAAGGAUCUACUGGUGCAGAGCUGGCAAAAGACAUCCUUAGUGGCAGGAUCGAUUACAUUGUCAACAAGGGACAAAACCACCAUGUUGAUUCCUACAGCGCUUUCGCCGACAAUGAUUAUCAUGAAAUCACCUCCUUAGCAAAGAUCCUCUAUCAAAACUUCGUGGAUACGGUGAUCGUCGUGGGAUUGGCAGCUGACUACUGCGUCAAGAUGACAUGCCUCGAUGCUGUGAAAUUUGGUUUCAAGACCAUCCUCGUCAAGGAAGGCACCCGUGCCGUUUCUCCAAACGACUUUGAAUCAACAAUGCAAGAGCUCCAAGACAAUGGGGUCGAGGUUGUUAGUAUUGAUGAUGCCGCUUUUGUUAGCCAGUAUUUGCAAUAA